UAUAUUACUGACCGUGAAAUAACGUACAGUUUGUGUUUCAGGAUUUUGUGUUAAUAUUGUGUAUUUUAACUUUGUUAUAUUAUUUAUUAUCUACUAUUGUAAUGAUGGAAUUUGUUAUCGUUUUGAUAUUUUGUGUGGUUCUUGUGAUUGCUGUAAUGGUAAUUGGUUCCGGGAUGGGGAAAGCUACUUCGUCGCAGCGUCAGAUGGACAUCAUUAACGUCGCUCAGAACUUAUAUCUUUUAAUUAGGAAAGGCGACUUGAAGAAAUGUGACGUUACGCAGACGACCGCGUUUCUUCUCAACAUCGCAAAGUCAACUGUUCUCAAGUACUACAAGAAAGACAUUGAAGAAGUUUCAACACCAGGAAAAAAGAGGAAAAAAAGGCCACAGGAAGGAAAGUCACUUGACACAGUCGACGAUUUCACAGUAAAUGCAAUCAGGAAUGCAAUUUACAGGAUGUACGCUGAAGGUUUGAAUGUUACAGUCGACACCAUUUUGAAAGAAAUCAGGGAAAGACAAAUAGAUUAUUAUGGUGGAAGAUCAAGUCUUCAUAAAUUGUUAAAGAAGAUGGGAUUUUCAUGGAAAACUGUUGAUGGACGAAAAGCUUUGAUAGAGAAUGAAAACAUAGUAUUGCAGCGAAUAGAUUUCUUGAGAAAGUAUAAAGAAGAAAAAGAAAGAGGUGCCAAUUUCAUAUUUGUUGAUGAAACAUGGAUUUUCCAGAGAGGCAAGGCAUUAAUUUAUUUGAAAAUUUGUUCUGUGGUCCAAUACAAAGUAUUUCAUUUCCAUUUCAUAUAUUUUUCAGGAACUGUAUCAAAGUCAUGGCAGGACAAGAGUCUACAAUCUGCGAAGAGACGUACUGUUGGAGAUGGUAAAAGGUUUAUUGUUGUUAAUGCUGGAGGGCGCACUGGCUUUGUGCCAGGAGCAGGAUUACUUUUUGUUUCAGGUCAGAAGACUGCAGACUACCAUGGCGAGAUGAAUGGGGAAACUUUCUUGAUGUGGUUUGAAGACAUGUUGGUGCAUCUUGAGGAACCCAGUGUCAUCAUAAUGGACAAUGCUUCAUAUCACAGCACCCAGAUGGGCGAGGUGUGUGGAUCACGUGGAGAAGCUAAUUCAAGCAGACUGGGAGAGAGAAGUCCACAUAGACAGCGGCACCAUUCCUCCACUCAUCAUCCACCUCGGCGAGGAUAGUUCAAGUGAAGACAGUGACAGCGAAGAAUUUGAGGUUACGACACAGCAAGUAGAUGGAGACAGUGAAGUACUGGCAGUUCCUCUUGAUGAUUUACCCGGGUGUUCUUAUUGAGGUCUGUAUGUAAUAAACACCUGGGCAACUGUAAGUAUUGGGGUUUGAAACAUUUUUUUUUUCUUUUAUGCAUUCCCAUGAAGUAUGUUGAUUACUGGAACUUUAUGUAUUAACUUUAUAUUACACGUAUUAUGAAAUGAAUAUUAAAUUUCAUUUCUGGAUUCGUAUAGGUGUAUGUGAAACAUUUUAUUUUGUUGUGUGUCUUCAUUUUUCAGUGAACUUACUUGGAAAACAAAAAGCCAGUCCCCAUCCAGGGCCACAAAUAAAUAAUGCAUAUAAGUGGUAUAGAAAUUACUGUCAAUUCUUCACCACAAUUUUACUGUUCAUAAAAUUAUGAUUUUGUCUAAUAAGUAUACUCAGGAAAAUGUACAUAACCAUAUUUUUAUUUGUGGCCUUAACCGGCAAAAUGGUAGGGGUUUAUUAAAUAAAAGAAGAAAAUUCAUUUUUAAAUGUUUUCAUCUGAAUUUGUUAAUUUUAUUAAACCUUCAAUCCUUAGUCUUUUCCAGAUUGCUUAGAUGGACAGCCAUAUGUAUAAUUUACAAUACUUUUUUUUUCAGAUGCAGAAAACUGUGUUGAACUGUACUAAAUGAUGAUAUUUAUUGCUUACAUAAAUGUUGUAAAUUUAUAUAUUCUCCUAAAAAUUUACUUUAAAUUAUAUGUUAUUUCUUUAGCUAACAAACUUAUUUUUUAAUAUUUUUACCAUUGGGUAUCAUAAAUAAUGUUAUGAACAUA